CUAGCAACGGGCCGCGGCUCAGCUGCGCGGCGGGCGACCGCGGCGGGAGAGCCAGAGCUCGGAGCGGAGAGUGGGAGUCUUGGGACAGGCCUAGGGCUGUGACCCUUUGGCCCACCCUGCACCAUGGCUACUCUGAGCACCAAGCCGAGUGAGCGCUAUCAGCUGUCGGACUGGCACACCAACAGCUACCUGCUGUCCACCAAUGCCGAGCGGCAGAGAGAAGCGUCCUACCAAAUCCGCCAGGAGGCCCGCGUCCUCCGCAAUGAGACCAACAACCAGACCAUUUGGGAUGAACAAGACAAUCAGGCCCGCCUGGCAGAGAGGAUUGAUGCUGUCAACCGCAUGAAGGAGAAGCUGGACAAGUGCCUGACGGAUUUAGAUGCGGAGAUUGACGCCCUGGCCCAGAUAAAAGAGUCAGCAGAGCAGAACCUGCAAGCUAAGAACCUGCCUCUGGACGUGGCCAUUGAGUGCCUGACCCUGCGGGAGAGCCGCCGUGACAUCGACGUGGUGGUGGACACGGUGGAGCAGGAGCUGCACAAGGAGGUGGCGGUGAUUGAGGCUGCCAAGAUGGCCUUGCAGAACAAGAUCACCCUAGCCUUCGAGAAGCUCUGCCGCCUGCAGGAAGUUCGACAGCAGCUCAACACUGACCAUCGGGACAAGAUGGAGGCCCUGGAUAUCGAUCGAGGCUGCCUCUCUCUCAACCUGCAGUCUCCAAACCUCUCCCUGAAGACCAAUCCCACACGGGUCCCUGAAAACACCUCCUCUCUCCAGCAGUGGGAUGAAUUCAGCCAGUUCAUCAUAAACCGGGCAGAGACGGAGAUGAAACAGGCCAUGGAGCUGCGUGAGGCCAUGGUCCUGACGAUCGCUGAGACCAACAAUGAACUCGAAGCCCAGAGAGUAGCCACAGAAUUUACCUUCAGAAAGAGACUGCGGGAGGUCGAGAAGCUAUUCAGUGAGCUCAAGUGGCAGGAGAAGAAUACCAUGGAAGAGUUAACAGAUCUAAAGGAGGACAUCCGGCGCCUGGAAGAUGACCUGCACAGAAAGAUGCUCAACCUUAAGCUCUGCCACACCCGACUGGAGUCCAGAACCUACCGGCCCAAUGUGGAACUCUGCCAGGACCAGGCCCAGUAUGGCCUCAGUGAUGAGGUCCAUCAGUUAGAAGAGACCAUCUCUAUCUUGAAGCAGAAGCUGGCACAGACACAGGACGCUCUGGACAAGCUCAGCAAGCACCUGGCCCAGCUGCAAGCUGACAUUGCCUGCAAGGCCAACACCCUACUGUUGGACACCAAGUGCAUGGACACCCGCCGCAGGCUGACCGUGCCUGCUGAGAAGUUUGUGCCUGAAGUGGACACGUUCUCCCGCACCACCAACCGCAUCCUCAGUCCCCUCAAAAAAUGCUACUUGGAGCAGUCCUAAUCUCAUGGGGCCAGCGGGGAAGGAGAGAGCAAGUGGGAAAUGGGCAAGAAGGGAGGGCGCGGGCAGACAGAA